CACUCCCUCUGCCCCCCUCCUGCUCGGCUGCUCCGCCUCUGCUGCGGCGUCGCAAUGUCCCAGUCCCAGAUCGAGGCGUACACACGCCGGGCGGGGGCGGCCGUGGCGCUCGCCGCGGCGUCCGCGCUCACGACGGGCUUCCCCGCGCUCGAACCGCGCGCGCAUGUCGUGCUGGCCCUGCACGCCAUCCUGCUGCUCGGCUGCGCUGCGGUGCUGCUCUCCCCGGCGCACGGAGACGGAGGCCCAGAGGCUGCCCGGGGGACGACGGUGCUGGGAUCGCUGCGGUGGCUCGGCUUCGCCGGGAUGGCGCUCAGCGCGCUCCACGUGGACGCGGAGGAGGCGCCGCGGGGCACGGUCAGAGAUCUCCUCCUCUUCCUCGUGUUCUUGGCAGGAGUUUGGGGAGUCUACCUGUCCAUGGUCAGGGGAAGGGGGGAAGGGGUGCCCCGGCCCCGCAACCGCGGCUGGCGGUGGAAGAAGAUGCUAACGGCGAGGAGGCCAACGCCAUGCCCAUGACGGGGGAUGCUCGCGUCGUUGUUGAUUCGAAGGUUUGAAAGGUGCAUGACUUUCUCUUUACCUACCUGGCUACCUUGAGUCGCUGAAGAUCAGUCGUGUCUUAUCAGACUUGGUGCUCCUACUAAAAACGUAUCAGGAAGGAAAUAGCCUCUGGCAUAUGGCGAUUGUAUCAUAAAUAAAGAACAGGAGCCACAGACAGACAGUUUAUUAGUAGCUUUAGCUCCUCUUUGUCUUAAUUUGGUACACUGUGCAUCCUUUGUUCAGUAUUUUCACACCCUUUUGUACAGUACUUUGUCGAAAUGAGACCUUUGUACAUCAUUGGUGGAGUAUAUGAUUUGAGUUCCUUAUAUGCAGCAGUAUUUGAGUUU